CGUCAAUGCGAUUUAUGGUCUACUCUAACUGCCGAUAUUAGCUUCGGGAGAUGUUUUUGCCACAUGAACGCCUCUUUACCCCAAAUAGGCAUCCUCCAUAACACGAGCAACAGCAUAGGUCAUAUACGGAUGAUUUUACGAGCCAGGUGACACUGCUCUAUAUCGAGGCAGGGCUAGGCUUUCGAUCCGGCUAAUCGUGUUUAUGCAGGAAUCGAGUCUUAAAAGUAGCUUCAGCCUCAGUUCUUCAACCUAAGGCACCUGCUAUCAUAGUCAGUCAACAUGCGCGCGGAACUAGUAGCUCUUCUCGGUGUUGCGGCAAGCACCUAUGGUGCACCUCUUGAGAAUAUCAAUUUGGAGCGAAUUCUCGAUCUUUUUCCUCGUCAAUCAAACGUAACAUGUCCUUCAACGCCAAAUCCCAUGCCAAAAGCGGCCGCUUUCCCUUCGGUCAAGACGAUGCCGGACCCGUUCCUGUACCUAGAUGGCAAGACCCGUGUUCAAAGCAAAGAUGAAUGGAUCCAAUGCCGCCAGCCGGAGAUUAUGAAGCUUUUACAAGAGUACCAGUAUGGUUACUACCCUGACCACUCACAGGAAACGGUAUCGGCAACUCGAAGUGGCAACACAUUGACCGUCACUGUAGCCACAGGAGGAAAAACCGCCACCAUUGCAGCAACGCUGAACCUACCAAGUGGUAGUGGACCUUUUCCAGUCAUCAUAUCUAUUGGCGGUAUGGACACAAAGAGCUAUACGGGUGCUGGUAUUGCUGUGGUAACAUUUGAUUACGGGAAGGUUGCAGCGGACAGUAAUACCAAGAGCGGAUCCUUCUGGACUUUGUAUAGUGGCAAAGAUAUUGGUGUUCUCACAGCUUGGGCAUGGGGCUUCCACCGCGUGCUCGAUGGCAUCGAGCUGAAGGUCCCCGAAAUCGAUGCCACAAAGUCCGGCGUAACGGGUUGCUCGCGCCUCGGCAAAGCCGCCUUAGCAGCUGGUCUCUUUGACAAGCGUAUCGCGGUCACGAUGCCAAUGUGCUCUGGUGUUCAAGGCGCAGGACCAUACAGAUACAGUCUCAGCGGUCAGGGUGAAAACCUAGAGAACGCCAAGUCAGGAGCCGGUUGGUGGACUUCGUCCGGCAUUUCUCAGUUCGUCGGCAAAUCCACCCAGCUUCCCUACGAUGCGCACACCAUCGUCACCGCCAUUGCGCCGCGCGCUGUGAUUCUCUCGCAAAACUCCGGCGAUCAGUUUACCGACUCUAAAGGCACCGCACAAGUAACUUUCCCCGCUGCGAAGGUCGUGUACAACUGGUUGGGAGCAGGUGAAAAGUUAGGUAUGAGUAUCCCGGGCGGCGGGCAUUGCGAUCAAAGUGGCUAUGCCGAUGUGUUGCCGUUUGUGCAGAAGGUACUGCAGGGGAAGAGUACGACGAGGAACUUUGAUGACUUGAAGACUUGGAAAGCUAUGCCGGAGGCGUAUCCUUGGGGGACAGAUUUACCAAAGGGGAAAUGAGGCUAGUCGAAAAGUGCGAAAGAUUGCAUGUCAAAUUACUGUAGGGUCACUGGUCGGGUGUUUCGCAGAAGUUCGGUACUACGGCUUGGACCAUGGGUUAUUCUAGCUCUACCAUGUUGCCACCUCUGAAUUUUCGACUCUUCGACGCAUAGGUGGUGCAUAACUGUGCGGAAUCUGAUAGAAAGACUGAGAAACCGCCUUUCUUCGAUUUGCAACUCAUUACAAAUCCAGUAUCCCUCUC